AUGGGGAAAGAGAGAAAAGACGCUGCAAACGCGCCAUACGCUCCACUCCUCGCUGAGACCCUUCGCAUUAAUUCUCUCAACCUCUCAUUCUCUCUGACUUCUCUCUACUCCGAUGUCUCCGAAUCUCCGAUUCUCUCUGUGACUCUAUUCUCAGUGACUCACUUACUCGUUGAGUCGUUGAGACCUGUGCACUGUCCGGCUGUGUCUAAUUCUCCGGUGACCGUUGGAGGCUUACAGUGGUGGAAGCCCUUCUCUCUGGUGAUUACUGUGGAAGCUGUUUUAAUCCCAAACCCUAGUUCUAUAUUUGUGAUUUAUGUGAUAUAUGCUGAUAUGGAGAGCAUCAGUCAACCUAGUUCUGGACCCCAACCUUCAACUCAAGAGGGACAAGGACAACCCCAAGGCACUGAGAUACCUCAGCAGCCUCAGGUGACUCCUGUAGUUCCAAAGAAAAAGAGAAAAGAGGUUGAGUCCAGAUCCAGGGUGUGGUUGCACUUUGUAAAGAUAUAUGAUGAAGAGCAUAAUGUGAUUGAGGGGAGGUGCAAUUAUUGUGCUAAGAUCUUUUGUGCUGAGCCAAAAAAACAUGGCACUUCAUCUUUAAGAAAUCAUAUGAAGGCCUGUCUUAAAAAUCCUCACUCGAAGGAUACAAGGCAGUCACUUCUGACUUUCAAUGCUGUCUCAUCUUCUGCACCAGGGGGUUCUGAAGGGGUAAUGGGGGAAUUAGGCACAUGGGUGUUUAAUCAGGAAGCCAUUAGGAGGGCUUUGUGUGAGAUGAUUAUAAUAGAUGAGUUGCCCUUUAGGUUUGUUGAUGGGAUAGGGUUUAGGAGAUUUAUUCUAGUUGCCUGCCCAAGGUUCCAAAUUCCUUCUAGGUGGACAGUUUCAAGGGAUAUUUUCCAAAGAUACAUAGAUGAGAGAUCAGUCCUUAAACAAAUCUUUAAGGGUUGCUCCCAAAGAGUGAGCUUAACCACUGACACAUGGACCUCUGUACAGAGGAUAAACUACAUGUGCAUUACUGCACAUUUCAUUGAUGAUCAGUGGAAGCUGAACAAAAAAAUCAUAGCCUUUGUCCCUGUUUCAUCUCAUAGGGGAGAGUAUAUAGCCAAGGCCUUGGAGACUUGUCUGGUUGAGUGGGGUAUUAAAAAUGUUUUUACUGUCACAGUUGACAAUGCCUCUUCCAAUGAUACUGCCAUGGGAUUUUUUAAGAGUAAGUUGAUGUCUUGGGGUACCACUUCUGUAAGGUCUAAGUACAUGCACAUGAGGUGUAUAGCCCACAUUCUGAAUCUAGUGGUGCAAGAUGGGUUGAAGUUUGCUGAUACUUCAGUUAAGAGGGUUAGGGAAGCAGUUAGAUGGGUUAGGAAUUCCCCUGCAAGGCUAAAAAAAUUUAGAGAUCUUGCUGAACUUAUUGGGGUGGAAGCCAAAUCAGCUUUGCAGUUGGAUGUUCCUACAAGAUGGAAUAGCACAUAUAUGAUGUUGAACACUGCAAUCCAGUACCAGGCAGUCUUUGAUGCCUAUCUGGGAAAUGAUCCCUCAUUUUCUGAUGACCUGGGUGCCUCUGUGCCUACUUUUAUGGAUUGGUUUAAUGUGAAAAGUUUGGUAACUCUGCUAAAAACUUUCUAUGACAUGACUGUGAGAAUCUCUGGUUCUUUAUAUGUUACAUCUAACACUUUCUUCAGUGAGAUCUCUGAUCUUAGUUGCAUGUUAGAUGACAUGACUUGUGAUGAAGCUGGUCCUAAAAAGGUAAUGGGCACCCAAAUGAAAACUAAGUUUUUGAAAUAUUGGGGGGACCCUGAAAAAAUGAACUGUGUGAUCUUCUUUGGCACUAUUUUGGAUCCUAGAGAUAAGGUUGAGUACAUGUCUGCCCAGUUAACUCAACUAUAUGGUGAUGAAAAAGGAAAAUCCUGUUUUGAGAAGAUCCAAUCUGCACUUCUUGAGCUGUACAAUGAUUAUGCUGCCACUUACUCUGUGGAUGUGAACCCUGAACCAGCUGCUGUUGGCCAACCUUCUCAAACUGUCUCUGUGAGUGUGCAGCCUAGUGCUGUAACUGUUGGUAGGCCACAAGGUAAGCUGAAAUCUCAAUUGAAAAGGCAAAGGAUGGAGAGUGGUGGAAGCCUAAAACAGACUGACCUGCAAAUAUAUUUGAGUGAGGCCAUUGUGGAAGAUAAGGUUGAUUUUGAUAUCCUCAAAUGGUGGAAGGUGAACUCUGAAAGACUGCCAAUUCUCUCUAAAAUGGCAAGGGAUAUUCUUGCAGUUCCAAUAUCCACUGUGGCUUCUGAAAGUGCUUUUUCAACCAGUGGUAGAGUGUUGGAUCCAUUUAGGAGUUCCUUAACUCCUAAGAUUGUGGAAGCUUUAAUUUGUACACAGGAUUGGUUGAGAUUACCAAAUCAACCUAUUCAAAUUGAAGAAAAUAUUGAUGAUUGUGAAAGGCUUGAGAAAGAGUUGCCAACUGGAAUUAGGACUGCUGGAACUUCCCUACCAACCAUUGUAUGCCUCAGCCCCUAUCCACAGUUCCACUUGAUUGAACAUUUGAACAUCAGGUUACAGGAAGAUGAGGAAUGCUGA